UCUUCGUUGCAUGCCUCUUUCCCCCAAUCUGGGCAGCGGGGCGCUAGGACAGCUAUAGCUCGGAGCAAUGAUGAUCCGCCCCUUCCCCAUGUCUCCAAUUCGAGGUCGAGCCAAGUGGUCUCAGAUGGAUCAACCGGACUAAGCCCGACGCCAGGGGGCCCCAACACUGGCCGAUCCAGUCUUGAGAACACGUCGCUGCGGUGGCCAAAUUAACCCCAGAACCGCUGCAGAGGUCCCUGAAAUCUGUCGCCAAACCACCACCUCCCAAUUCCCAAACACCACGCGACAAACGAAGCUUUCCAUCAUUUAUCACAAUGGCCGGCGAUCAGGUUCAAGAGCUCCUCGAGGCUCCCUCUGAAUUUGCAAAGAGCGGCAUCCAGUUCAUGCGCCGCUGCACCAAGCCUGACAAGGCGGAAUACCUGCGUCUCUGCCAGGCUGUCGGUGUUGGUCUGGUGAUCAUGGGCGCUGUCGGAUACAUUGUCAAGCUGAUUCACAUGCCUCUCAACCGAGUGCUAGUCGGUGGCGCGUAAGGGAGAACGAAAGGAGGAUGUUGUGACGAACUCGGGCGAGGACUGCCCAUCCGACGGGGCGAUAAUACCAUGUGCGGAGACUGGGCGUUGGGUUACAGGUGGAAGCAUACGGGCGGCGCGAAACCUCGGCACUGCUCCAUUCAAUACAUGUCAUUUGUUUUUCGCGGUCAAGAUUCAUGCUGGGCUGAAAGAUCAAGCAUGUAUACCUUACAUCCCAUUCUUGAUACACAGGCUAUGUAGAAUAUGGUCUCCAUUUGCGCAACCACUGGGGCUUCGGAUCAAUAGGCCUCUUCCCACUCAGGUUCGCGCAUCUUGGGAUCAUAGUUGACGGACAUUGGCGGGUCGCCUUCAUCAUUCAAGCCCUCAUUGAAGGAAUGUAGCGAACAGGUACCCCUCGCAAGGCUGUAUCCAUUCCACGCGGAUGCUACUUCUGUCAGCUUCUUUACCUGAAUCUCAAGACACGAUUUACUUACCAACGAGGAAAGGCGCAUUGGGG